AUGCCAUUUACUGCCGGCACGCUGGAAACCUACUUGUCAGCCUGCAGACAGUUCAUCGAGUACCUCAUCCUCAACAGCCUGGAAGUCAGCUCGGUCUCCGUAGCUUGCCUUGGAGACCUGCUAUGGGCAUGCCACUCCAGCCUCGAAGAAGAUAGAGAAGUGUGCCGAACCGGCCCUAAGCCGAUGAUCAAAGCCCUCUCAUGGCUAGCCAAAACAGCCGGCCUCGCCCAGCUUGCGGCUGUGCUGUCAGACCGCCUCAUCAGGUCCUUUACGGCUCAAACCGACACGGACAGGAGAGAAGCCUUGCCACUGCCACUUGCCGUGGUCAUAGCCUGGGAGCGCCGCAUAUGCCAGCCGGAGUGCCCAAUAGAACUUUGCCUUCUGCUAGGGGGAUUCCUGCUAGCCUUGCACGGUGGAUUGCGAUUUGGGGAUCUUCAGCGCAUCAGCCUUAAGAGCCUCUCCCUCACAGGACAUAGCCGGCAUACGAAAACAACCAAGCGUGGUCAGCCAUUCGCAGUUCGUCUCCAUGGAAUCUCCGGCCGGGACCCGGCAGGCCUUUGGGUGCUGCCCUUCCUCAGAGCCGUGCAGACGGUAUGGGAGCGUACUGAGGAGAUCUACGGCACGCACAAUUGCCCCGACUUCAUACUGCCCACCCUGCACAACCUACGGGGUUUCCCAGGCAAGCCAGCGGCAGCCUACCACCAGCCUAUGUCGUACAGCCAAGCGCUAGGGUGCCUGCGUUUCUUCAUGUGCCGCCAACAUCUGGAGGGCAACUCUCGGAGCUGCUCACACCAAAAAAAGCCUCCGCCUUUACCAUGCACAGCCUCAAGGUUUGCCUGCUCAGCGCCGGUGCGCAGAUUCAGGCCGCCGAUAAAAUACGCCAACAACAAGGCCACCACAAAAAUCCUAGCGUACAGCUUUACGGGAGAGACGAUACCCUCGGAGCUAGCCCUACAAACUGAAAUCACCCAAGCAUGUGCCUUAGGUUGGAGGCCCUCGCGCCCAAGCGCCAGGGGAGGACAGCACCCGACAGUGGAGCCGCCUUUUUCAGUUAGCUCGUCCUCGCCACCCAAAUCCUUCCAGCUCUCAGCCCUCGGAAAGGGCCUCGACAGAUUCAUCUACUCACGUGAAGCCGAACUGGAGCAGGUUUGCUUCGACACCCAACCAGCCGCCGCGGACAGUGCCGAUACUCAGCCGGUACCGAGCACUGCACAAUCCGAGCAAGAGACACUUGGAGCCAGCAGCCUCCCUCCGAUCAUACCCGCAGACGACAUUGAAGCCUUGCUAGUAGAGAGCUUUGCGGUUACGCAAGCCGAUUCCUCCGACUCGGAGGACCAUGCUACCCCGCCGACAGUGGAAGACAUAGCCUUGUUCCAGAAUGGACCGUGGGGAUCCGUGCACGCACAGCCGUUGGGAGCCGACAAAGCGGCCUGCGGGACGCCCCGCUCCACGGCCGCCUUUUGCCCUACUUGUCCUAACACAGCUUUUUUCUGCCGCAGAGCGGCUUGCCGACGCCUGCUGGACGCACUGCCUUAA